CAGGUCGGAAGCUGUGGGCGAGGCCAGGGUAGGUAUAUAUAACCCGACAGACUGGGUAGUCGGGUAGUUUCAGCUGUGCACUAACCUGUCACUAGUCUUCUAACGACGUUUUCAGGAUUGGACUGUUUUGAAAAGAUUGUGUACAUCGUUUGGGUGGAAGAGAACAAUGUUCUCGCAUCUUCAAGUUCUCAUACUGGUGUGUGUUAUGACAGUUGUUCAUGGCGAAAAAUCACAACAGUGCGACGUCCCACAAGGGAUGCAUAGUGAGCGUAUUCCAGACACGGCACUGGUCGUGUCGUCUGCAGCCGCUGGGAAACCCAAACAACAUGCUCGAUAUGGCUGCUGUCCGACUGACUGCGGUGCUGCCUGGUGUCCAACCGCAGAUGACAACAGUCCGUACUUCGAGGUGCAUCUGCAAAACCUGACCACUAUUGCUUCAAUUAAGUUCCAACAUCCUACAUCAGCAACACCCCCAUGUUCCGAUUUUGCAACGGAAUAUAUGAAGACGUUUCGACUGCUUUACAAACCCGCCAUUGGCUCAGAUGAAUUCCUGGAAUUUAAUCACGACAUACAGUCGAUUUACAACAAUUCACUAACAUUUUGGGUGGGAUUCAAGCCACAUAUUGUCACAAAAGCCAUCAGGAUCGAACCUCAGACAUAUGAAAAAACACCUUGUUUUAAAUUUGAAAUACUUGGAUGCGAACCAACAGGUCUUUGCCAGAAGGACUUUUGCAAACACGGAGGAACAUGUGUAGGUGAUAACCUCUGUCAGUGUAAAGGAGCGUACUUCGGGGAACAGUGCCAAUACACAGAGAUUGAGAUACACACAUUUAUAACCAAGUUCAUAUUCUUGAGGAUUGAAAAUAACAUUCUGCUAACCACGUCUUUCAACAUGAGUGUAUCGGGCAGCGUGGCGGUGGAGACUCUGGGGACACAGAGCCUCAUCCGUCUGGGCAAGGGAGGAACAGCCACGGUCGCAGCAGGGUCAGGCCAGCCGUCUUCAUGCCUACAUAGUCUCGACACCUGUCUUUCUGGUUUCACCUACAGUCUGACACUGAACAUUGAAAAUAUGACAUCACGGAAGCUAUACCUGAUUUCUAAUGGAGUAGAUGAAACUUCUCAUAAUGGAAUAUGGCUGUACUAUGAAGGGGCGACCUUGUCAUGUCACGUGGCCACCUCAUCGCACGUCUGGGGGAUCGACGUGAAGACUUCUCUUUCACUCAGUGUCUGGUACACGAUUGAGAUCUCCUGGAACAGAAUUCUAGGGCUUCGACUCCUACUCAACAGCAAGACCAUCGGCAGCAUUACCCAGUCAGUUGAAAGACAACCUGGUAAUUUUCCGACAGAGGCGCUGAGUAUUGGGUCCACGCUGAACACAGGCGUCAUCAUGAGAAUCUAUCAACUACAACUGGUACCUCUUGUCAAAAGCGAGCUCAUAAGGGCCCAAAUCACAAAUGGACCCCUUCCAGCAGCUACAGCACCAGGCACAGCCACAGUCACGACUCCCUCAACACCCACACAAACUGUUUGUGAAACACCGCUUGGAAUGUCGGACAAAACAAUAGCUGAUGCCCAGUUGACUGUGUCCACUAGCUCCCCACACCACAGCAAGGAACAACUUAGAUAUGGCUGUUGCACAGAGGAACACAUCGGCGCCUGGUGCAGCGCGGACACAGAUACUCAUCCCUGGGUUCAGGUGAAGCUAAAGACCCCGAUGGCGAUAUCUAAGAUAGUGUUCCAACAUCCCGCCGAAAGGAACAGGACCGUAACCCCGUCACGUUAUGUGAGAGAUGUACAGAUGCUCUACAAUAACCUCUUCACAGAUACAUCACGUCUGGAGCUGUACAGUCAGCACAUUCCUGUAACACAUAAUGCCACCGUCGCAUAUUCCGUGAAGUUGCAUCCCGCUGUGGUGACUGACACUGUCCACCUCAUCAUCACCCACUUCGUGGGCAGACCCUGUAUGCGUCUGGAGCUAAUCGGCUGCAACCCAGAAGUUUUGUGUCAACCAGAUUUUUGCCAAAACGGAGGCUCCUGCAUCGGCGAAGACGUAUGCAAAUGUAAAGACAAUUACUACGGAAUUCGAUGUCAGUUAACAAAAUCAGAAAUUGCUAACUACAACUACAGGGUGAUUGAACAGAUUGGGAACAUUAUUACAACAACACAUCUAAAUAUGACAAUUCACAACAUGGUAGAAGUUAAGACGUACCAGACAGAGACAUACCUGGUGUUCAGCAGUCACGGCUAUGUGGAGAUUCCCCAGACAGAUCCCUGUAUCCAGCACCUCGACCAGUGUAACUCAGGGUUCACAUACAGCUUUUACAUCAAUUUCCGCAAUGUAAGCAAUGAGAUGCCCAUCUUGGCUACUGGGGACGGUGACAGUGGUGUUUUCAUGCGGUACACAAACAAUAGUUUCAUCUGCACAGUGGGGACAUCAAAAGGCAUGUGGACAAUCGGCGUAGCGCAUCACCUAAUACUUGAGACCUGGUACCAGAUAGAUCUGUCUUGGAGCAAGUUCCACGGUUUACAUCUUUAUGUGGAUGGGGCCGACAUCGGGGGAACUGUUGCUGCAGUUGUCAAGCCGCACAAUUUCGCCAAGCAUCACCUAUGGAUUGGUAAUGGGUACACGACUAUGCUUAAAGUUGAAACAUUUACAUAUUGGAUGAAACAGAUCCAUAUCUUCUUCAACGUCCGCCAAGAUCUGACCAGAGCUGGACUUCUAGAGAACAAGGAUCCAUCUACAACACCAAUCAUAUCACGUGCAACGACCGCCAAGCCAGAACCAUCGUCUUGCAACUCCUCAUCCACUGACAUCACGUUCACGAGCAUCAAUGGCACAGACCUCCUAACGUCACUGACCACAAUGAAGGUCCAUGGAGAUGCCAGUAUUGAGCAGUCAAAGCUAGGAACAUUGUUAGUUUUGGAUGGGCCAGGACAAUACAUUGAUAUGCAGAACACGGGUGUGCCAUGUCUAGAUGAUCUCACCACAUGUUUUACAAAUUUCAACUUCAGAUUGACUUUCCAGUUCAUUAAAAUUGACCUUCAGCCUAAUUACAUCUUAUCUAGCGGUGGGGAAUUAGUGAACUCCAAUGGAGUUGCGUUAUUCUAUUGGAAUGGAAAACUAAAUUUUUGGGUUAAGAAUGGAAAAUCUGUGUCAAAAUCUAUUUUCUCAGUAAAUAUGACAAAUGGUACCUGGUACACGUUGGACGCAUCGUGGGACAAGACAAAUGAAGAGACAUCAGUGCACCUAAAUGGCAGAGCACUGCAGAAUUCCCCCUUGCCGAAAACUGAUGCCCCUCAAACAACCAUGACACACUCUCUUCUCAUUGGCAAAUCAUGGGGAAAGAAUCACACAUCACACAUAAAGCUGCUGCUUUUCAGAAUGCGGACAGAUAGUCUGAAAGAAAUGGCAGAACACAACUGUAGCGAAGAACACUCAAUACCCGAUGUUGCACCAACGCCAGCUCCGGUGGAAACGUGCAAUGGCACACCUGUCAGCUCGACAAAGACUACCAUCGACAUGUCCUUCUUGAGUGUAACUGGAAGCCGAUUAACGACCAAGGAUAUGGUCAUCACGGUUCAUGGAAGUCCUUCAAUUAUCCAGCAAAACGAUACGCUAUCAUUGGAUAUCACUCAGCCUGGACAGUACGUUGAAAUUGAAACAAGGUGCCUCCCUUGUUUCUCUGACCUUGAACAUUGUACUACGGGCUUCACUGUUCAGCUUGUGGCCACAUUCACUCAACUUGUGACCACAGAGAGAAUGUAUAUUGUCUACACGGGCCAAGACAAGCCCGGGUAUACAGGAGUAAAUCUUUUUUAUGAACGUGGACAUUUGAAGGGGGUCGUUGCAUCCGGUCAGCAUAAAUGGCCAAUCAACAUACCUUACAAACUUGAGAUCAACAUACCUUAUAUAUUCCAAAUAAGUUGGUCUCAAACAUCUGGAUAUCAGUUGUAUGUUAAUCAAUAUACAACCCAACCAACACAGUCGCUUCCAGUAUUCGUCGAUGCGACUAAAAUGCCCUCAUCAUUUCUGAUAGGUAAAGAAGUAAAUUCAAACAAGACUACUUCCAUGGUUAUAACUGACUUCAAGUUAUUUAUGGCAACGAGAACAGAGCUUGUUAACCUGGGAAUUCUUCAGCCUGCUCUGGCAACUAUUUCUACAACGACGCUGGUUCCGCCUACCUCACCACCUCUACCGGAAUUCUUAUGGAGGUUUGAAAACGUGACAUCCAACUACCUAAAUUCCAGUUACCUUAAAGUAAUCAUCCACGGAGGUCAACACGGUACCUCGUCAGGUUUGGUGUUCACGGCAGACGGGCAUUACUUAGAGAUUCAAAAUCUAGGUAAGAGCUGUCUAACAGACAUCACGAAAUGCAAACAUGGACUGACAAUAUCUGUAGAGGUGGUUUUCACAAAGCUCAAUGAAAAUACGGUUGUGUUCACAACAGGGGGAGAGGCGCCCGACCUCCCUGGCAUCUCGCUGUUGUAUAGAUACGGCCAAUUUCAUGUCAUAGUCUCCUCCUCUGUCAAAGCAUGGUUUGUAUCAAUACCAAGAGAUCAUAUCGAACUGGGUACCACACAAGUCAUUUACAUAUAUUUCAAAGAAACUCUCAAAGUUUACAUCAAUAGGAAACUCGUAGCAUCGACCAUGGAACACGUUACCCACCUUGAUACGUCUCGUGAAAUGAAGAGCGUAUUCUAUUUUGGGAAGUCCUUUACAACACUGACACCAGGACGCCACCUACAAUGUGUCCUCAAAGCCAUACACAUCUGGUACCAGGGCAUCGACAUUGUCUCACAGUUGACAAGCACCCCUGCAGUUACAUCCUCGUCAGACCUUUGUCCAGUCGGCUGCAUCUCACUAGCAUCAAAAUCAAUGCCAGAAACUACACAACGAAUGACGUUUCCUCCUACAAAUCCACCAACAACGACAGCUCCUACUACUCACGCUGUAACAACUACCACCACGCAGACACGGACAACACAAGACAUCGGUGUCCCGCCAUUUAAUGUUGAUCUAACAGUAAUACCAAUCGUUGACAUGACCGGCACAUACUUGGCCUGUAGACUGUCCACCUACACGACUCUGAAUGUCUUCAUCCAGUUCCAGUGGAUCAUUGAUGGCGUGCCUCAGGCGUUGAAAGAAGUGCAGACUCCCGUCGCUGAGGGUAGACUCUAUAUCACGGAGAUCAGCAAUGUCAGGGAUAACCUGUAUGAUAAAGAGAUAGUCUGCAAAGCCAAAGCCAAAUUCACAGCAGGAUGGCAGUGGACACAAUACCUCACCUCCAAAACACCGUUUAUUCCAUCUAUUACGUCGCUGACGUCAACGACGGCACACCUCACUUUGACAGAAGGUCAGCAGGUCAGGCAAAUAGAGGUGAAAUCCAACUGUCCACCACAACUGUUCUGCACGCUUACAGACAAAGGCAACUGCAAGGUAGAGGUGGUCGCCAGUCUGGUGAAGCAUCCGUUGGACCACCUGUGUACCCGGGAUAUUGUGCUUCCCCAGAUUGUGAUUCAGUCGUUCGGGAACACGCCUAACACUGAUGUGUGCGGCAAGGGCUUGAACUCCUCCAACUGGAAGAACACAAUCCAGAUUCCAAUGAAAGCCACCAUUGAUGGACUGUAUGAUCAUGACCAGACGCGAGAUAUAAUGGUCAAGCUAAAGACAACAGGGGCACUCAAGGAGUCAAUGUAUAAGACAAUAACGACAUACAAGGUGAAGGCAAAGGAUUUCGACAAGUCUGCCCUGUGUGCCUCGCUAAAUGACCCGCACAUCACUACUUUCGACGGACUACACUACAACAACUUUCAGCGUGGAGAAUUCAUAUUGUACAAGCAUAAAACAUUGCCUUAUGAGGUUCGGACAAGUUACCAGGUCUGCAGUUCUCGCAACUCAAGGGGUCCUACUUGCAACUGUGCAGUUGCAAUCAAAUCUGGAGAUGACGUCAUAACGUUUACAGGAUGCCAUGGCCAAGCUCAUCGCACCUAUUACAGUCGAUUCUUCCACCACACACCCAGCAUAACGGUGGAAAUGUACAAGAACGGCGACCUCACCCCCGGAACCACUGUCAGGAGAAUUGGGUGUGGUCACAAAUAUGAAGUGCAUCUGCCCACAGGGACCAUAGUGACGGUCCAGUCUAGCUACCUGUCCUUCAUCAAUGUCUGGGUCAGACCAUCCUCCCUGGACUUCGGACAGUCUGAAGGGUUGUGCGGUAGCUACACGGAGAGUAAGCAUGAUGAUCUGUAUGGCGCUGACCACAGGACCUACACCGUCAAACAAACUCCGGACGAAUUCUCCAAAACAUGGCUGGUGUCUGAGAGGAACACCAUGUUUCACGGUGUCACGGCUCAAAAGACCACAUCGGAAACAUAUUGCAGCUGUGUUGAAGGGAGGCAACUUUACUGUGCUCCUCAUCUCGACAUCUUCAGGUGCACCUCUAUGUCAUCUAGGGACGAUAUUACAGCCACCUUGGUGCGACAGGCCAAGCUUCCAAGCGCAGCCUUCCGCCGCUUUAAGAGAGAAGCACCCAUGCAGACUGAGCCUUUGGAGGAGGAUACAGCUGAGAACACAUACACCGAGCAGUCAGCCCACACUUUCUGUGAGGACUACAUCAACAACCAGACUGCCACCAAGGCAUGUGUGGACUUUGUCAGUGUCACCGAUGACCUCAUCAAAGAGUGUGCACAGGAUCUGGUGGCAACAGGUGAAACGGAGUGGGCACAGUCUCAUUUGGACGAUAUAGUAACCAGGUGUAUCAGUGAGGCAGAGCGCAAUGUCAGUAUGUGGAAUAGAGCAGACAACUCCACUAUUUGGGAGAAUAUACCAAAGGACAUCAUGACUAACCUCUGCCCUACCGAAUGUAUCCAUGGCAACUGCUCAGAAGGUGCGUGUGUAUGCGAGGAUGGGUACACGGGGCUGAACUGUUCCCUCAGCAAGGAUGUCAAACCAGCCAUAUUGCCAGUGAAUGAAGACGGCGCAGGCUGCAACAUUAACCACGUGGACUGUUCACAGAUUACUAUCAUGGGAUUAAACUUUGUUGACAGUUACACCCUCAGCUGCUUUUAUCAACCCAUAAAGGUGACAUCCCACGUGGUGGUGACUGACCAGUGGAUCCCCGCCCCAGCCACGUUCCUCAGCAUGUACCAGGUAGUAUGUACCCUCCCCAGCCCCCCUCACAGCGCCAGGGUAGCGGUCAGUAACAACGGUCAGCAGCGCAGUGACCAGACCUAUCUCCAUGUUGUGUAUGAUGACUGUCAUACAUGUGACAUCAAUGAGGAGGGGACUGAAGCUUCAUGUAGCAGAAAGGCUGCCACGUGCCUCAUCAAUGGUGCCUGCUACCGGGAGGGCGACGGGAUGCCAGGCGACAAGUGUCAGCUGUGUGACCCACAUACCAAUGAGGCGAACUGGACAAGAGGCACAGACCCUAUUUGUACGGCCACCAAGCUGUCAGCUUCCGGUCAGACAGGAAAUGGACUGAGCACGCCCACCAUUGCACUUGCUGUCGUCGUCGCCGUCUGUGCUGUCGUAAUCGUCGCUGGAGUUGUCAUCAUAUGUAGGAAAAGUGCCCCGGCACGGAGAAAGAAGUUCAUGGAGGAAGGGCAUUACGACUCUCCACAGUCACGUCUCUCUGCCAUGCCACGCCCCAACCUCAGGGACAUCAGCUUCAGCAACUUGGCGUACGACGGUAAUGCAUCUUCCCUGACAACCCCCGAGAUGACGAAGACACUAGGUGGCGUGGGACAGUAGGUGUACUGUGCUGAUCACCCUGUAUGUAAAGACAAACAGACAGACGUGUUGUAGACGAAAAGUCACAAUUCAAGUAAUCCGUUAUUUUACUGUUAGGGAUGAGGAUAUUGAUUUGAAUAAAACAAUUAUAUAUCUUGUUUAUAUUGCCUAUGUAUACUCUAUGAUCAUAGGUAUAACGACACACUACUUAAAUUCCACCACAUUGAUGAUUACGCUCUCGUAAAACUAGUAAAAGCAUUACUAGCUGUACAGCUGUGCUUUUUCCUAGACAUGUGUUUACAAAUAAGACACACGUGCACAUGAAGCAAUCAGCCAUUGAUUAUAGUCCGCAGAAACAGUAAUUCAAAUUAAGUCAUGCGUGCUGUCAUUUCUCAUUAGUAGUAACAAAUUAAGUUUGAUGUGUAUGUAUAUAAAUUCAUUCAUUAUUUGGGAUUGAAUGAAACUAUGUGUAAUUAAACGAUCAUUACAAAUAAUUAUGUGAGUAAAUGUAGGUAUUAUUCAGCUUCACUCCAGAAUACGGGACUGAUUACACCUAUAUAUUUGCUUACACGUGUGACAUAUUGGUGAUCAUGUAUAUGAUAACCUUGUACCUUAAACUUGUUGAUUGUCCUGACAAUAAACACAGAUAUCUGCA